GUGAGUGAGACAUGCCGAUGAGCGUCACCGUCACCAAGUUCCGGCCGGUGCUCGUCGGCCCGGCGACCGCGCCGGAACCGGCGGCGGAGGCGACGGUAUACAUCAACCUCUCCUCGUUCGACAGGGCCCUCGCCUUCUUCCCCGUCACGUCGUUCCACGUCUUCGACCGCGCGAUCGGCGCGCCGGCCGAGACCGUGCGGGGCGCCAUGUCCCGCGCCCUGGUCCACUACUUCCCGGUCGCCGGCCGCAUCGUCGCCGCCGCCGCCGACGGCGAGCGGCUGCGCAUCGCCUGCACCGGCGAGGGCGUGUCCUUCGUGGCCGCGACGGCCGACCGCUCCCUGGCGGACGCCGGGCUCCUCGACCCGCCGUCCGGCGCGGCGCUGCUGGACGAGCUCGCCGUCGGCGUCGGCGCCGAGGGGUUCCGCCCGUCGGACCCGCUGCUGCUGGUGCAGGUGACCGAGUUCGCCUGCGGCGGGUUCGUCGUCGCGGUGACGCGGAACCACGCCGUCGCCGACGGAACGGGGUUCGCGCAGUUCAUGCGCGCCGUCGGCGAGCUCGCGCGGGGCAUGCCCCGGCCGUCCGUCCUCCCCGUCAGCUGCGGCGACGACUCCCUCCCGGAGCUGCCGCCGCUCGUCGCCGCCAUGGAGAACGCGCUGGUCGUCCUCGAGCCGCGGGACUUCGCGUUCCUCGACAUCACCGUCCCGUCCAGCUGCAUCGACCGCAUCAAAGCCGGAUUCGCCGGCCAGGUCACCGCCGGCGGCGGCCCCUGCACCGUCUUCGAGGCGGUCAUGGCCGUCCUCUGGCAGUGCCGGACGCGCGCCGUCAUGCCGGACGACCCCUCGACCCCGGCGCCUCUCAUCUUCGCGGCCAACGUGCGGAAGCACGCCGGCGCCAGGCACGGCUACUACGGCAACUGCAUCACGUCGGCGGUGGCGGUGCCGACGAGCGGGGAGGUGGCGAACGGCGGCAUCAACGACGUGGUGAGGCUGAUCAAGCGCGCGAAACAGCCGAUCCCGCACCAGUUCAAGAGGAGGAACAGCGGCAGGGUCGCCGGCGGCGGCGGAGAAGGAGAAGGUGGCUUGUCUCUGUCCGCGGAGCAGGCGGAGGUGAUGUUCGGGUACAACGCCUUCGACGUGACGAGCUGGCGGAACCUGGGCGCCGACGCGGUGGACUUGGGCGGCGGGACGCCGGCGAGGGUGAUGUGCCGGAUGGACAGGAUGCCGGUGCCGCACUGCGUGGCGUGCCUGCCAUGCAGGAAGGACGGGGCCAACGUGCUGGCGCGCUGCGUCAGGGAGGAGCACGUCGACGCCUUCCUCAGGGAGUUGGCCAAGUUCACCUGAUGACAUCUGCUGACAAACCGCAAGGGACCUGGCCCCUGUGGAGCUGUAGUUACAACUGCAGGUUUGGCUUGUUGCAGGAACGUGUAGCGUGGCAUGUCGUACGUGUCACUAGGGUUUAGGAACAUGCUCCGUAUUUUGUUAAGCUAUUGUGUUUGCUUAUCGUCGUUUCUCAGUAAUCAAUAAAUUAAUUUCCUAA